AGGACCCGUGCGCUCGCGCAGCAGCGGCCACGCUCUGAUUGGCGGCGCUGUUGCUAGGGCGCUCGGUCCCGCCUACCGCGGCCGCCGGGCUGGGCGGGUGGCUGGGGGAGGCUGUCUGGCGGGCUGUGGGCAGCGCGGGCCUGGGCGCGCCCGAACGGAGCGAGAGACAAAGCGGCCGAGGCGAAGACCAGAGGUGGCCAUUCCUGCAGAGGGCGAGGUGGCUUUGAAACACCUCCAACACCUUACCUUUGCAAGUUCUGAGCCCAAGCGGAAAGGCUGCUCCGUACGCGCAAGUCGGUGCAUUAAAAAAAACCAAAACAAAACAAAAAAAUUGUGAACCAGCAAGCUUGGACCUAGCCAACCUUUUGGCUGAGGUCGACUUGUUCCAUUUCCACCCAUCUUGUGAAAAAUCUCGGCCCAACUGAAACAAGCCGAGACUUCGUAGGAUUUUUGAAUAGAGGCACUGAGCAAGUCGUCAGAUCGAUUUGGCUUGCGAUCGCAUUAUGAAAUGAAUACAGAAAAUGGUCAAGUCAAAUCCGAAGCUUGCAGCCAUAAGGAGGUAUCCAUCUGUUUCACCCUGAGUCCUAGUUCCAGGAUACUGCUCAUGGCAAGAAGUGUAUCAAAGACAACAAUGGAGCGAUUUGGAGUGAAAACUACUCCUUCCCGUAACCGAUCUAAGACUGCUUUAUACGUGACUCCUCAGGAUCGUGUAACAGAAUUUGGCAGUGACUUGCAUGAAGAGGGAGGGAAACUGUUCUGCACUUCCUGCAAUGUGGUUUUGAAUCAUGUACGCAAGUCAGCUAUCAACGACCACCUCAAGUCCAAAACGCAUACAAAGCGAAAGGCAGAGUUUGAAGAGCAGAAUACAAGGAAGAAACAGAGGACUCUGACUGCUUCUCUCCAGUGCAACAGUACUUCUCAGACAGAGAAAACCAGCGUCAUCCAGGACUUUGUGAAAAUGUGCCUGGAAGCCAACAUCCCACUCGAAAAAGCUGAUCAUCCUUCAGUGCGAGCCUUCCUGUCUCGUCAUGUAAAGAAUGGUAGUUCCAUACCUAAAUCAGACCAGCUAAGGAAAGCAUACCUGCCCGAUGGGUAUGAAAAUGAGAACCAGCUACUCAAUACUGAAGAUCGUUGAAGUCGUCUACCUUUGCUACUGUGGAUGUGGAUUAUUAAAGUCGCAUAUUGAUGGUGUGGUUUUAUUUUUAUAUUCAUGCAUAUACGGUGUUACAUAUUGGUUUUACAGGUUAUUUUGUAUUAUUGUAGAAAUGACAAUCUAUCAUUGAACUUAAUGGUGUACCACAGACUGCUGGUAACACUACCAUAGAGUUUAGAGUCACGGUCCUGUAGAACUUGAUAAAUGUAUGCUGACUAUGUACAGUAUCAACUGUAACUAAUGCUAAACAAGCCUCUUGGGAAUAGAGGACUUCCUUCACCUAAUCACUCUACAGCCUGACAUCUUAAUGACACAAGAAAGGAUAAUGUAGUAUGAAUUGCCUCCUCACAUCAGAAGAGUGGAGAGUUAUAUUCAGUAUCCUAUCAGUGACCAAAAAUAGUUGCUGCACAGUUAGUGCAAAAAAAUUGUACAGUGGCUACUUAAAGUCUAAUAUGUCCCUGGAUGCAGAUUCUUUGAGGCUGACUUACACCUUGAAGCACGGAGACCUCUCUUCAAAAACAUUUUCUUAUCUGAUUCUGUUCGAUAUAACUAUGGAUGUUUUCAUUCUUAAGUAGCAAAUCAUCUCUCAAAUAGUGUUGAACUCAUGUCUUCAACUGCUCUCAUAAAGCAAGACGUUCCACAGGUUUGAUAUGCACUCUUUAAAAAAAAAAAAAAAAAAAAG